GAUCGUCAAAUUUAAAGCUUCUCCUUCUCUUCCGCCGAUCUCUCUGCUCUACCCCAACACCACCAAUGCCUACAACAAUGUCUCUAGCAGUUAAACUUCACUUUACUUCCACCACCCACCUUGGAAAUUCCACGAAAACCACUAGCCUCCAAAGCUUGAGUGCCAAAUUUAGACCCACACCCAUUUCACAUUUCAACCCAUUGACAUCUGCCUUGUACAAACCCAGAAUGAGUAAUUUCCCGAAGUCGAAAUCGUCAUCAUUUGUGAUUAAGAGCUCGUUGAUAGAACCGGAUGGUGGGGCACUGGUGGAUCUGGUGGUGCCGGAGAGUCUGAGAGCCGCGAAGACUGUUGAGGCCGAGUCAAUGCCGAAGGUGAGGCUAACCAAGAUUGAUUUGGAGUGGGUGCAUGUGCUCAGCGAGGGGUGGGCGAGUCCGUUGAGAGGCUUCAUGAGGGAAGAUGAGUACUUGCAGAGUUUGCAUUUCAAUUUCUUGAGAAUGAAAGAUGGGAGCAUUGUCAACAUGUCGCUUCCAAUUGUUUUGGCUAUUGAUGACACGACUAAGGAGCGAAUUGGGUCCUCUUCCAAUGUGGGGUUGGUUGGACCCAGUGGAGAUUUGAUUGGUUUCCUGAGAAGCAUUGAAAUUUACAAACAUAACAAAGAAGAAAGAAUUGCUAGAACGUGGGGAACAACUGCACCAGGGUUGCCAUAUGUUGAGGAGGUCAUUACUCCAGCUGGGAAUUGGCUCAUUGGUGGGGAUCUGGAAGUUUUGAAGCCUAUCAAAUAUCAUGAUGGGCUUGAUCACUACAGACUUUCUCCUAAACAACUCAGGGAAGAAUUCGAUAGGCGUAAUGCAGAUGCAGUCUUCGCUUUUCAGCUAAGGAACCCCGUGCACAAUGGGCAUGCUCUACUGAUGAAUGAUACACGGAGGCGACUUUUAGAGAUGGGCUUUAAGAAUCCAGUUUUGUUGCUGCAUCCUUUAGGAGGCUUCACAAAGGCUGAUGAUGUGCCAUUGGAUGUUCGGAUGCAACAGCACAGCAAGGUCCUAGAGGAUGAGGUCCUUGAUCCAGAGACUACCAUUGUGGCCAUUUUCCCAUCUCCCAUGCAUUAUGCAGGCCCAACUGAGGUGCAGUGGCAUGCCAAGGCACGAAUAAAUGCUGGAGCUAAUUUCUACAUAGUAGGUCGUGAUCCUGCUGGUAUGGGUCACCCAACUGAAAAGAGGGAUUUAUAUGACCCUGACCAUGGGAAAAAAGUGCUAAGUAUGGCUCCUGGCUUGGGAAAGCUCAAUAUUUUGCCAUUCAGGGUGGUAGCAUAUGACACAGUGGCAAAGAAAAUGGAAUUUUUUGAUCCUUCACGUGCCAAAGAUUUCCUCUUCAUAUCUGGAACCAAGAUGCGAACUUAUGCAAGAAAUGGUGAGAACCCUCCCGAUGGUUUCAUGUGUCCGGGAGGAUGGAAAGUCCUUGUCAAGUAUUACCAGAGUUUGCAAGCAGAGGAGGCAACACAGCAGCCAGCCACUGUGUCUUCUUAGAUCAACAAUAAUAGUGGUGAAUUUUUUUAUUUUAUUUUAUUUUUAUUUUUUUUGUGUUGCAGGUUAAUUAUAGAGUAUGAAGAAAAAGUAUAUCAUCUUUUCAAGCGAGGCAGGCAACCAGUAGCUUGGUUUCAGCAGCUUCAAUAGUUUCCACUUCCAGUGAUUCAGACUACUCUUGUUUUCCUUUUUCUUUCUGAUUCAAUAUGAUCAGCCUUCACGUUCCUUGUUUGUUUCAAGUGCUGAAUGCCUUUAACAUGUG